CUAACGAUAGCCAUCCCACGCCAUCCCAGAACCAGCAGGAGGGGGUACAAGGUGGCCCCUUCAUCUUGGGUUAGCUGAAUAACCAUGUUUCGAAGCCUGUACGUGCGUCUCAUCCUUCUUUGGUUCGCAUUUUCCUCCUGCGCAUCGCUCGCAUUAGCCUCCUCACCCGCAUCCUUCUGCAAAUGCACUUGUUUCUCCAACAGCACCAUCAUUCCUCUUGACCCGGUCAAGCCGGAGUCCACGUCGAUCGAUGGCGUGUUCAAUUCCCGCAGUCGCAGAACCGCCUCCGACGAUCUCGGCAACGUUUUGGACCACCGGGCCAGCAACUAUCGGCCCCUAAGCUGCAAUGACUGCAAUCGGAAGUUCUGUCUAGGAUAUAACUUGCCCACCUGCAAAGGUGCCAAGGAGGAGGAUGUCUUCACCACAUGUUUCCAGAGAGAUUCACGAAAAGACGAAGCGAUAGUUUUCGUCUUCAUCAUUGCCACCAGCGGGCUUCUGGCCUGGGCUGUUUUUAAGCCGUGGGUGGAGAAAUACCUUGAGAAAGCUAGAGAGCGGCGGUCUUACAUACCGGUUUCCGGCAACGGCAGCCAGUAACGCAGGGGUUCAUGGGAUGCUGGACAUGACGGACUUCUUAUUCACGACACCCACAGGGAGUAUAUAGAUAGGUACACAUAUCUAGUAUCAGCCGUUGCUGGUAUUACACGGGCUGAGCAUGCAAUGAAUUCAAUGAACUACUC